AUGAAGGUUCUAACUGUUCUACUGACGGUAUGUUUGGUAGGAUUGUGUCACUGUGGAGGCGAUGACAGUAAGGGGGCAUUAAAGAGAGGAGUGGGUAGUCAACCUACUCCACUACCUCCACAAGGAGUUCAGGGUAAACAAGGAAAUGCUCCAGCUGCCAAGGGGGAAACUCUACCUUCUCAGAAAGGCCCAGUACAGACAAAUGGACAGUCGGCUGCUCAGCCUGGUCAAAAGGCAACUCCACCUACUCAACAAGGACAACCUGCUAAACCAGCGACUCCAGUUACUCAGUCGGCUGGACAAAGAGUUACUCUGGAUCUUGCUCAUCCUGACCGGUCCAAGGUAUGUGUAGAUGAUCAUUAUAGUAAUGGAGUAAAGACCAAGAAAUACUCUCCAAAGGAUGGUUAUCAUAUAUCUUCAGUUUUGGACGGCGCAAAAGAGGUUUGGAAGGGUGAAUCUCAUCAAAAGUUUCUAUCUGCAACAUUGUCAUCCAAGGGAAAGUCAUCAGUACUUUUAAUUUCUACCAAUGCUGGUAUAAAACACUUUAAGAAGGAUGGCAGUAGUUGGACUUCAUCGAAUGAGAAAGACUAUGAAGAGAAACUAAGGGAAAUGAGGUACACUGACUAA